AUGGUUCGUCAGGGCGCUUGGCGAAGAGUUCUGUUGGCCUCCUUGGCCUUCGGCUCAGCGCGAAGUAGCAGUUGCCAGGCCGGUGAUGCCGGAUCUCUCCUGCAGAUGCACCACUACGACCAGGGUGACGAGAUUGAAGACAAGAUGGAGUGCAGCAAAGUGCCGGCUCAUACGUGCGUGACUACGCAGGGACGAUACCCCUUCAAAGGUCAUGCACCUUACGACGAGAGUGGCGUUGAGGGCAAGGAGGAUCACCUGCCGGUCGGGGACUGCCCGUUGUGCAACGCGGCCGGGAAGGGCGGAGCCACGCUCUUUGGUUCAGAGCGCUUUGACGGAAUGGGCGAGCGGGGUGCAGGCCUGAUCAAGAUGUUGGCCAUGGCCGACUACGCGAAGCUGAACUUCGGUGGGCUGCUUCCCAGUGGGAACGAGUCCUCGCACGGCGUGGACAUGCCGAAAAGCAUGUCCCUCUUGCUGGGAGCAGACUACGGCAAGCUUCUGGUGAAUAGGGAAAAUCCUCAAUUUGAUCACUGCUUUUACUCAGAGGAAGAGAUUUUCCUCGAUGCCGCGAAGAGCCCUCCCUGGUCGGACGGCCAGUCGGUGCUUUUUGCAACCUGCCGCACAGGGCCCUGGUUUGCGGACGUUCUGCUCACCGAUGAGUUCCGGAAGAAACUCCGUGAGUCCUCUCCGCUCAUGAGACAGAAGGUCCCCCACUUCGAGGGCGCGCUGAAAGAGGGUGGCAAGAUCACCGUCGCUAUGCACGUCCGUCGCGGAGACCUGGAAACGGGCUCCUGGCGGGCCGUCCCAGACGAGACGAACUACCGCAUCAUCGAUACGAUCAAGUCUGCAUUCGACAAUGUUGACUUUCAUGUCUACAGCUCCACCGAAGGGAAGCACACCAGUUCUGAGUUCGAUGGCUACCGCAAUCGCGGCGUGAGCGUUCACCUUGAUGGAGCUGUCGAUGAAGACUGGGCUCACAUGGCUCAGGCCGACGUCCUUCUGCUGGCGCAGAGCACCUUUGGGUGGGUGCCCGGAGUCCUCAGCGACAAGUGUGUGGUGACCUUCAGCAGCUUUCACCACCUGCCCGACUGGAUUGUCCACCGCGACGGCAAGUUGGGUGAGCAGGAGUUGAAGAGUAUCAAGAGCUGCUUGUCUGAGAAGCGCUUGGUGUGA